AUGUCCUUUCCCCAGCGUCUAAGGGACACUUUUCUAGCCUCUGAGAUCAACUUUUUGGCUGAGAAUGAGUUGGUAGAUGUUCUACCAAAGACCUCAAUGGAUUCCUUGCCCUUGAUUGGAACAAACCUCCCCAAAUUACGAAUCAAUCAAAAGGUUUCAAUACCCAUCUGGCUAGCCAUAAUAUUGAAAAAACAAAACAAAAUCAAUCUUAUACCCCCAAAUUGGUUGUCUAUAAAUUAUUUGAAACAAAAAUACGAAGAGGAACUCAAGAAUAAGGACAAAUUUUCAGAAAUGCCAUGGUUUUGGUUGGAAUUUUCAAAAAUGUUUUUGAUUCAUUUUAAAGAUGAUUUGAUCGAUCCAAGUUAUUCAAUAAGAUCGAUUAUUCAAGAUUUAAGAGAAAUUAGAUUAAUCAAAAUAAGAAGUGGGUUCAAGGAAUUAAACGAAAGUAAUUUAACCUUUAAUAACUUGAGUUUGAUGGAAAUCAACGAAAUUAGACCCUUUGCAAUCAAAGUAAUGGAUCAACUAAGAAAACUAAACCAUUCAAUUGAAUCGAGUUAUCAAUCUCAAAACAAUGAUCACGAUAAUGAUAAUGACAAUGAAAAUGAUAAUGAAAAUGGUUAUCAAAAUGAUUAUGGCUAUGAAUAUGACGAUGAUUAUAAUAUAGACAUAGAUAUGAAUAAAUAA